AUGUCGGCGUUUUCGCGAACACUGGCGCCAUUUGUGCGCGCCUCGCGGCACUCCCUCAGAACCGGCAGCGCCGCCAACCCGUUACAAUUUGCUGUGCGACAGCAAAAUCUAGCCGCAGCCCUCAACAUCACAAGAUCAUAUGCAGUAUUCGAGAGAACGAAGCCUCACGUCAACGUCGGUACCAUUGGUCACGUCGAUCACGGAAAGACUACUCUAUCUGCCGCCAUCACAAAGAGACAGGCCGAGAAGGGGCUUGCAAACUUCCUCGAAUAUGGCGCUAUCGACAAGGCGCCUGAAGAGCGAAAGCGUGGUAUCACUAUCUCUACCGCACAUAUCGAAUAUUCCACCGAGAACCGUCACUACUCUCACGUCGACUGUCCCGGUCACGCCGAUUACAUCAAGAACAUGAUUACUGGUGCCGCCAACAUGGACGGAGCUAUCAUCGUCGUCGCCGCUUCCGAUGGUCAGAUGCCUCAAACGAGAGAACAUCUUCUACUUGCCCGCCAGGUCGGUGUUCAAAAGAUUGUCGUCUUCGUCAACAAGAUCGACGUCAUCGAGGACCCCGAAAUGUUGGAACUUGUCGAGAUGGAAAUGCGUGAGCUGCUGUCUCAGUAUGGCUUCGAAGGAGACGAGACCCCCGUUAUCAUGGGUUCUGCCCUCAUGGCAAUGGAGGGUAAGCGGGAUGACAUCGGUAACUCAAAGAUCGAUGAGUUGCUGAAAGCCGUCGACGAAUGGAUCCCUACCCCUCAGCGUGACCUUGACAAGCCCUUCCUGAUGUCCGUCGAGGAUGUCUUCUCCAUCGCUGGUCGUGGAACUGUCGCCUCUGGUCGUGUCGAGCGUGGUACCCUCAAGAGGGACCAAGAUGUUGAGUUGGUCGGAAAGGGCUCGGAAAUCAUCAAGACCAAGGUUACUGAUAUCGAGACCUUCAAGAAGUCCUGCGAUGAAUCGCGUGCUGGUGAUAACUCGGGUCUGCUUCUGCGAGGUGUCAAGCGAGAGGACAUCAGGCGAGGUAUGGUUAUCGUUAAGCCUGGCACCGUGAAGCCUCACAGCAAAUUCCUGGUCUCCCUAUACGUCUUGACCAAGGAAGAAGGUGGUCGACACACCGGUUUCACGGAGAACUACCGACCCCAAAUGUUCUUACGAACUGCUGACGAGGCUUGCGCGCUUUUCUUCCCCCCAGAUGUCGAGGAUAAGACCAGACUGGUCAUGCCUGGCGAUAACGUCGAAAUGAUGUGCACGCUGCACAACCCUCUUGCCGCCGAGGUUGGUCAACAUGUCAACAUCCGUGAGGGUGGUCGAACCGUCGCGACGGGUAUCAUUACACGAGUCAUCUCUUGA